AUGCAUCAUAAGAUAUCGCCUCGAGACAAUCUGCCAGGACGCAAGCCAUUUAACCCGGAUAGAAGAUGCCAUUGGUUCGACAACUCUGGGCGACCGUUUAAACGCCUCGAUGGAGGAAUCGGAUGCCCUCGCGACAUGAUGUGUUUCUUCGCUCAUCCCAGUGACGGUGACAAGUGGCGAGAUGCACGCUCGGCUGGCGAGCCUCCCUUGCAUUAUUUAACCGACGAUGAAUACCGCUUGAUUGUUGGACGUCCCCGCUCUCCUGGAAGGCUUCCUGGCUACAGACCCUCUCAUCCCUAUCAACCACGCCGUCGCUCAGCCAGCAUAGAGCGCAACCGCAGAAGCGCUGAACGCCGGCAUGAUAGGACCCCUCCUCCCGGUCCCCGACCGCGCUCCAACAGCAGAGGUCACGCACCCCCCACUCUGGCGUCAAGAAUCCGCAGGCGCUCCUCAAGCAGAGGUCGUGAUAUGCGGCCCCCAUAUCGUAGCUCUCGCUCUCGGUCCCCGCCUCCUCGCGGCGGGCGUCCCCGUUCACCUCCGUCAGGUCCUGGGCACCGUCAGAAUCGUUCGUUCGGUGGGUAUAACGAUAGUUCACGUAAUGGCCCGCCUGGAAGAGGAAGAAGCCCCGUUAUAUUCCCCAAGGUUGAAGCAGUUGACGUACCGAUGAGGGACCUGCUCGCUCCAGCUCGACCCGGCAGAGAGGAUAGUAUUGCGAGCACUCAGGCACCUGCACGUCCUAGAAUUCUAACAGCACCGGCUUCUGCAACAUCUGGCUUUUCUUCGGCGAAUCAGUUGAACGGGAACUUGGCAACAAACGCACUCGCAGGGCCUUCAAAAACAGGAAAUUCAAAUUCUGACGAUAUUUUGUCUCUCUUGGAAUCUUCAACGGCGCAAUGGCAACAGAUAUCGACUGCAGUAGCUGCCGCAACGUCGGCCGUACCCAGAUCUGGCAUGCCGAGUCCGUUAUCGGGGGAUUUGUCGGCGGACGAGGCGCAGAAAAUCUGGGCUAGUCGCAUCGAGCUGCUCGCCGCAGCCAUGGUCGUGCACAACGAGUGCCGCGCGAUGAAAAAUGACAUUCAAGACUACAAAAAACUCGCAGAAUCGUUCAACUACCAGCGCCUCGACCAAGAGGAUCGCACCGUGCUCGGCGGCCAUGCCCAGACACUCGAGCAGCAGCUCGCAAAGAAGUCAGAGGACCUCCGCCACAUCUUAACCCAACUCGCCGGCGCCAGAUUUUGGCCCACACACACGCGCAAACGGGCACCCACACCGGACUCGGACGGCGCGCGCCAACAAGAGUUCAUCGGUCACCUGCAGUCCAUCAACGCCUCAGUCACCAUCCUCCAGGGCCUCCUCCGCACUGCCGACCGCCGCUGGGAAACGAUCGCGGCUCGGCUCGAGGACGACCACCGCACGUCGGAUCCAAGCGCAUUCCUCGCCGAGGCCGUCGUCCCCGCCGAGCUCGCGAAGAUCCGCGACGAGCUUGCCGAGGUCGAGCGCCGCCUCGGUGACCUCGAGGCCGGCGCCGCACGGCACCGCGACGCUCUCGCGGACGAGGUCGACGCGAUCGUCGCCGAAAACGUCCAGGCCGUUGUGCUCGCCGCGACGGGCAGCGUCGAGGCGCGCCCGCCUGUGCCCCGCGCCGUGGCGGCGCUCUCGGAAGAGCAGCUCAGGACCCUGCGGACCCUCCAGGAGAACGCAGCGGCCACGGGCCAGCAGGUGGCCCGGCUGUCGAACGAGGUCCAGGCGCUGGCGGGCAGCAAUGACGUGCUGAGGGCGGAGAAUGUGCAACUGCAGGCCGAGUGCGCGCAGCUGAAGCAACAGCUUCAAGAGGUACGUCGUUUCAUGGAUGCUGCUACUAGUGACUCUGUCAAGCUCGAUAGGAUGCAUGCCGAGAUGCGCGCACUCAACGUUGCGGUCAAGGCUUACGCAGGGCAAAGUUCGAGCGGCCAGCAGGCAUCACAAACCGCAGACCUCGUUGCGAAGCAGGUCACGCAGCUGCUCAGCAAGGUCAUUCCCCAGUUGAUCGCACCCGGUCUUCAAAACACGCAGACUCAGCUCCUGCAGGCGUUGCAGGCCCAGCAAGCCGAGGCGAUGAAGGAGUUCACUGCAAGAAUCACAUCCACUUAUGCUGCUGUCGAGCACGUUCAAGCUUCCAUGGAUCGAAUGCAGCAUCACAACGUCACAGGCAAGUCUCUGUCUCCAGUCAACGGCACCUCGACCAACGGGCAAACAUGA